AUGAGGGACCAGAAAGCCGGUGUUAGAAGCAACAGUUUGUACUCUUCACAUUAUUCAUGGGACCAUUCUUCCCAUAAAAGGGAUGCUUCAUUUUUCAGAGAGUCACCUGGAGGUCGAAAAGACUCUCCGCACAGCAGAUCUGGCUCCAGUGUCAGCAGCAGGAGCUAUUCUCCAGAACGGAACAAACAUUAUCUGUUCUACCAGUCACAGAACAGAAGAAGAGAGAGAUCUGCUCAGUCUUUGAAAACAUCACAAGACACUUCAACUUGGAGCUCUUCAGCACUUCCUUCCUCAAAGAGGGUACCUGACACACCAUUAGUCAUUGAGCAGCUUGAAGAAACUGUGUCUAACACAAACGAUGCUCAACUAGACAGUCGCUCUAAAGCAAUAGCAUCCAAAAUGAAAGAGAUUGAACGGGUUUACCGGCAAGACUGUGAAACUUUCGGGGUGGUGGUGAAAAUGUUGAUUGCAAAAGAUCCUUCAUUAGAACAGACUAUACAGUUUGCUCUGAGGCAGAAUUUGCAAGAUAUAGGUAAGCGGUGUAUUGAAGAGCUGAAGCAUUUCAUUGCAGAGUAUGACAAUUCUGCUCAAGUUUUUCGAGAUCCUUUUUAA